AUGGCUGAGCUUGGUUUACUUCUUGUUUUGUUUGCUUUCUGCAUUUUGUUCGUCUUCCUCCUGAUCAAAACCUAUGCAUCCAGUCAAUCCAAGGUCAUGACACCACAUCUGCUUCGAUCCGAAUCAAAGGGGAAAGCGUUCGAGCAGAACAAGAUCAUGCUUGUUUCAAACCUUCCUCCACACUACAAACUUCUUCGAACCCUUACUUCUGUUUCCGAUUCUGCGUCUGAUUUUGCAAUUUUAAGAAAGCCGUCGUCCAGGUCCUCUUCAAGUCAAGAGUAUUUUGGAAGAAACUCAAUUGUGGUUAGCUACAAUAACAACCUUCCUACACUGUGGCAUGCGUUGUAUCAUGAGCUACACAAGUUUGAGGCAUUCGAAGCGUUCUGGGCUCGGGCUAUAUUUCUUGCUUUCAAAUGA